AUUUUCCUUUUUUCCAUUUAGAAAUUAGCAACAAGGAAACAACAUUUGGAAAACAACUGUGAAAUGUAUGUGACCAAGAGGCUAUGAUAGUCUAACACAGAACUAUUACGCAUUCAUCAGAAGCUAUUAUCUGAUCAAAGUCUCAUUAUUGCUCUAUUGAUGUAGAGCUGCAGUAAGAAGAGCCUGCUAUUAGAAUGUUCUCAGUUCAGAAUUUCCUCUGCGUAAUUUCCAGUCUCAGUAUUUCCCCGUGUAACAUCACAGUCGGCCAACCCUUUUUUCUGUCUUCUUCCCAGACUUUUUUUUCCUUUUUCUUUCUGUUUUUUUUUUUUUUUAAUAUCCAGGCCGGCGCUGCAAUUUCAGAAUCUGCCCUCUCUCUCUCUCUUGUAUAUGGCGGACGAAAAAUUUAGUACAGGAGGAACCGCAACACAAACCCCGCUGUGCGAGGCUCAAACCACGGACAGAUAGCACCGACCAGAGUCGGCAAAUUCACCAUAUUCAUUACGCCAUUACUCUUCUCUAAAAAUGUAACGCAGCGUGUCGCGGAAGGAGGAAAAAAAAAAACCUGAAAAUUGUGAAUUUGUCAUAACUAAUUCACACAAUUUGUGUGUUGAGGGAGGCAGCAGUUGUGCAGUAGUCACCUCUGGUCUGGUCUGGUCGGUGAGGGAAGAUCUCUGGAGCAGAAGGAGCCUGUCUCGCAUGAGCUGCAUCGUUUCUGGAGAAGCACGGGCUCAGAGGAGGCGGAGUCAUGAGUGCACAAGAGGCACCCAAUCCUGGGAAGGAGCAGGCGGAUGGUGGGAGUGCGGCCGCAGAUGGUCCCUCACCAACCUUAGUCCCAAAGAUCAAGAGCACAACGCCACCACCUGUCACAAUCAAGAAGGAGCCCGAGACCUCGGAGACGAGUAAUGGGAAAGUGGGCGACGCCAACCCCGCUGAGAUCUGCGUUGUCAUCGGAGGAAAUGACGGAGGAGCAAGUGGAGGUGGAUCCCGUAGAGCUCAGACCGAGGGUAUGUUUGCCCUUGGUACUCCUCCUCCAACGAAGAGCACAGACUCAUGCAUAGGUUCCUAUGUGUGUGGGGUAUGUGGGAAGAAGUACAAGUAUUAUAACUGCUUUCAGACACACGUCAGGGCACACAGAGAAUCAGAUAGCAUGGUUGCGGACGGUCUACCCCAAACACCCAACAUCUUGUCUCCUCACUGUAGCCGCAUCCCCAUAGGUGACAUCCUAAUACCAGAUAGCUUUCGUUACUCCUGUGACAUCUGUGGCAAGAAGUAUAAAUACUACAGCUGCUUCCAGGAGCACCGUGACCUGCAUGCAGUUGAUGAUCCAUAUGAACAGGUAGUGUUACCUGUAGAUGGCCUUAAAGAGGAGGAGCCCGUUGAACCCUACCAGAAAAUCGGACCAAGGGAAAAAGCACUCGCCCACCUCCGCAGAGACCGCGGGUUCAGCCGACAGCAGCGGGUGUCCCUUCAAACACAAUUGGCAGUGUUCGCAGAAACUGGGAGCUACGUUUGCGAGUUCUGUGGGAAGCAGUACAAGUACUUCAACCCGUACCAGGAGCAUGUUGCUCUUCACACACCAAUGGGCUCCUUUGAAUUGAAGACAUCCCGGGUUCAGGAAGGCAGUAGCAUGGAUAUGAGUAAAUUUGGCCACGGCCAAGCUGGUAAGAUAAAAAACAGUCCAUUCAGGUGGAAACUGGACAGUGCAAUUCAGUCUAGUCUGGUUGACACAAACAGUUCGCAGAAUUCAAGCGGAACUCCGAGCCCUCUGGUGGCCAGCACCUUCUCUACAACCCAGAAACCCUACACUUGUGGUGCCUGUGGCAUCCAGUUCCAGUUCUACAACAACCUGCUGGAGCACAUGCAGUCCCACGCUGCGGACAACGAGAACCACACCAAAGGGGACUCUCCCAAAGCCUCCUCAGCCUCCGGUCCUCAGGAGCAGCUGUGGAGAGGCUCUCAGGCUCAGGCCCAUUCCUCAGUUAAACUACAAAUCCAGCCUCAAAGUAUCUCCCAGAGAAACCACACAGUCAGCCAGAAUAAUGGACUACCUGAGAAGGAACGACAGCAGGUGGCCGAGCGCCUCUUACGGGUAAUGUGCUCAGAUCUGAGCAUGCUGAACGUGCUCAACAGCAAGGACUUCCUGAAGUUGGCACAGACCCUCGUGGAUACGGGUGCUCGUCACGGCGCCUACUCCACCCGGGACGCUUUUGGCAACAUGAGUGCCUUGGCGCUGCGCCAGCUGCCCCGCAUGUACAACCAAGUCAAAGUGAAAGUCACGUGCGCUCUGGGCUCCAACGCUUCUCUCGGCAUCGCUGUCACCUGCCACUCUCAGACGUCAGGCCCGGAUGCUUGCUACGUUCUGACAGCCUACCAGGUGGAGGGGUCGAGACUGAAGCGCUACGUGCUCGGCGUGAGGGAGGCCGAGCUGAGGGAAGGGCCUGAGCAGAUUCACCACUGGGUGCAGAAUGUGCUGUCCGAGUUUGUGAUGUCAGACAUUCGCACCGUGUACGUCUCCGAGCCCAAAGUGUGGGCGGCGGGAUUUGCGGGAUCACCCCUCGGCGGUGGCGGCCGGAGCAGGAUAUGCUUGCGAUGCGCGGGGUGUUCACUCGGCGCAGUUGUCCAGGCUGUUCUUGGGAAGCGCAGCCUUCAGGCUCGAGGUCUCCACGAGUUGUCCGAGCUUCUCUUGGCGUGCCGAGACAUCUCCUCCUCCACCACGCUGUCCCUUCGCGAGGAGCAGUGCACCAAAACGUCCACAAGCACAACCGAGGAAGGCACGCAGGGCGGCCCCGCACAAUGCACCUCCCCUCCUUGCUGGGAUCGUACGGCCGAAGCUCUUCUGCAGGUUCACGUCCACUUCGAACAGAUCUGUGAGGCUUACGGACGCAGUAAGGCCACGGCUCCGCUCCUCCAGGGUCUCAACAAGCAUCUGCUGGGUACGCUGGCUUGUCUGCUGGCCCCUCUGCGUCUGGCUGCUCUGGAGCUGAGCAGACAGAGGAGACCAACCUUACAGCAGGUGCUGCCCGUCUACCUACGCCUGGAGAAGUUUUUCACGUCCAAAGCUGGAGAGGCUGGAACCGGCACAGCUAGCAAACUCUGCCACUACUUCCUAGAAGCACUUAAGGAAAAUUUCAAGGUUGAACGAGCCCACCAGGUAGCCAUGGUCCUGGACCCACAGCUCAAGCUGUGCUCAGUACCGGCCUACCAGCAUGAAGACAUAAUCUCCCGCGCAUGCGAAAUGGCUGCUGAACCCAGGGAUGGAGGUAUGACCGGCGGCGGAGGUUCUGGUGGUGAAGAGCGGGACACCGACGGCCCACCGACCCCUAAAAUAAGCCGCGUAGAGGGAGGGGUAAACAAUGGCGGCACCUCAAGGGGGUCCUCCUCAUCUUGCACAGUGUCCGGUAACGACGAGGGUCAGAGCCAAGUCAGACAAGAGAUUUUCCAAUACCUGGCCGAGCCUCUCCUCCAAGGCACACCUGACCUCUUCCAGUACUGGAGCUCGGCGGUGAACGAUAAGUUCCCCAAGCUCGCUCGCCUGGCAAUGUGGCUCCUCGCCGUGCCCGCUGUGGGCAUACGCAACGAGUGCGUGACUGUGUGCGAGCAGAGCCUGGCCAUGAAGAGGAGGCAGCAGGUAACCGCCGAGGAGAUGAACAAACUCAUUUUCCUUCGCUCCAACAUGGGCUAGGAGAGAAAAACCCGACCAACCCUAAUCAACCAAACCUUCACCUCCAACCAAUGACUGAAGACUAUUAUUUAUAUACUGUAGGUUUAGACCAACUGUAAACUUAAAUGUGUUAAAUACUUCUCAAGACAGAUAUUUACAGGAAACUCACAUUGUAUAGGUUGCAAACACCCAUGAAACAAUACGGCUUAUCACAUAUUUUAUAUAGAGAAAGGACUGUUGUAAAGUACUGUGAAAGAUGUAGGGGUGGAACGGUAACUCUCAAAAGAUUGUCCUGUUUGGUACGCAGCCCUCGGUUUGGGAUAUACGCCGGAUCCGUCUUGUCAUGGCUAGUGAUUUGAAUUCCUCCAGCCUAAUGACUAAACUGCUAAAAGGCUAUAAUGCUGUUAUUCUCACUGGAUGGCAACAUGUUCAGGUAAAGUCAGCUUUCACUGCUUGAAACUAGUGUCAUAAACCUCUGAAAACACACAUUCUGUAACAUGUACAGUGUUUCGGAGAGUGAUCAUUUUCAUUGGUGUAUGACAAACAAUUCAAGAGGUGAAUCUUCACUGCCGUCGCACCUCUGACAAUUAACUAUACCAGGUUUAUGAUUUACCAUCGCGUAUCACCAAAUAUAUAUAUAUUUUUUUCCAACGCAUUCAGCCGUGGGAGAUGGUCAGGUAUCGGCUAGCUAAAUCAUUGCAGCUAAUUCGACGGUUGCUUUAGCGGCCUAAAAAAUUUAGCUGUGGAUCAUUUGCAUGUGCUGCACUGCAUGCAUUAUUCAUUCAAAAGGGUAAAAAAAAUAGCUGAUAAAACAUUAAUAUGAUGCUUUCUGUUUUUGUUUGUUAGGAAUUGUAAAGAAAAUUCAUCCAGUGGUUUGUUGUCUUUUCAAAAAUGAACUCACGCUGCUAGAUAUGCAAGUCAAACGGCUAGAUUUGCACAGAAGAGCCCAUAUCAUGUGUGGAGGAUGGAACCUGCCAAAUUAAAAAAUUAAUAAAUAAAUGACAUGAUGAAUAAAUAAAUAUGUAAUUAAAUGCAGCAAAAAUAAUAAUAAAUAAAUACAUUUAAUAAAUUAAAGA